GCAUUGGGGAGCAUGAUGGAGGCACUCGCACGCUUCGAGAAGGACGUGAAGCGAAGCGACACCGGGUUCCUAGCGAUAGCAACAGAGGUGGAAAUCGACAGGGAGAAAACCUCGGAACCUCCUGGAAAAAUCAAGGAAUUGUUGACGGAGUUUCAAGACAUUCUCCCUGACGAUCUUCCGAACGAGCUACCGCCAUACCGCACACAUCAACACGAGAUCGUGGAGGAACCGGAUUCUAAGCCGACCUUCCGAGCACCAUAUCGGCUAAGUCCUACGGAGCUGACCGACAUGAAAAAACAGAUCGAGUAUCUCCUAGCCAAAGGACUCAUCCGACCAUCUACUUCAGCGUACGGUGCCCCAGUGCUCUUCACAUCGAAACUGGACGGAAGCCUGCGCAUGUGCAUCGACUACCGAGCUCUUAACAAGCAGACCAUCAAGAAUAAAUAUCCGAUACCACGAAUCGAUGACCUGCUUGACCAGCUUCGGGGAGCUACGGUAUUUUCCAAAUUGGAUCUGCGGUCUGGAUACUGGCAGAUACGGAUGGCGGACAACUCCAUCCACAAAACUGCUUUCCGAACUCGGUAUGGAUCGUACGAGUAUUUGGUAAUGCCAUUCAGACUCACCAACGCACCGGUAAUAUUCCAAGCCGAAAUGAACCACAUUCUACGACCACUUUUGGACGAGUGCGUGGUGGUGUACCUGGACGACAUCCUCAUCUACUCGCGCGACAUGAAGCAGCACGUCGAACACCUGCGAUGUGCCUACGAAAUUCUUCAACGAGAACGAUUCUACGUCAAACUGUCCAAGAGCGAAUUCGCCCUUAUGAAGGUCGAGUUCCUAGGACACAUGGUGAGCGCUCAAGGAGUUCACGUCGACCCCAAGAAAAUCGAAGCUGUACGUACGUGGAGACACCCGAGAACCGACAUCUGCUACAGUGGGACAGUGACAUCGCGUACCGGAAAGGAUCAACAAAAAUCUGGGUACCCAAUUACCCUCCUUUGCGCCAGUUUACUACUCGAAGAAUACCACGACGUCCUCUAUGCCGGACACUUCGGUAGCAACAAGACGCUGACCGGUUGUUGCAAAACACUACUACUAGCCCCACUUGGCAGAGAUGUUCAGAAAUUUGUCACCUCGUGUGAUACAUGUCAGAGGAUGAAGAGCAGCAAACAGAGGAAAGCGGGACUGCUACAGCCUCUUCCUGUCCCAGAACAGCCAUGGCAAGUGGUUAGCCUGGACUUCAUCACCGGGUUACCAUCUACCACCAGCGGUCAUGAUGCCAAUCCUUGUCGUCAUCGACAAGUUCUCCAAAAUGGGACACUUCAUCCCGACACACAUGACAGCACGCACCGGGGAGACAGCACAACUAUUCGUUCGAUACAUCAUCUCACAGCAUGGCAUUCCAACCACACUUAUCUCCGACGAGACCCCAAGUUCACCAGCAAUUUUUGGAAGGAACUCAUGUCUCCGCUCGGACCAAACUCGCCAUGUCAUCCGCUUACCAUCCAUAGACAGACGGACAGACCGAGCGCCUCAACCAGAUUGUUGAGCAACUCCUCUGAGCAGCCUGCAAGGACGAGAUCUCCAAAUGGGACUUGCACCUGCCCGUUCUCGAGUUGCUUACAACAACGCUACACAUCCGCUACUGGACAGACGCCGUUCUUCCUCUGCUACGGAUGCCACCCACUCACACCACAGAAACCGACAACAUCC